UGUUUUUGGCGCUAUAAAAACGAUAGCAUACAGCAAGAGUGCCAACCAAAUCAAUUACUGCAACUAAAGCAGACGGAAGUUCACGAUGAUGAAGUUACUGCAAUUGCUGCUGUGGGCCGCCUGGUUGCACUUCAGCUUAACAGAGGGGAAUACUGAAGUCUGUCGCAAUGCCGAAGCUUUUACACUAAUGCCGCAUGAGCUGGACUGCCACAAGUUCUAUGUCUGCACGGGCUUGGAAGACGGCAGCGCACAGGAAUACACUUGUGCCGCUGGCUAUCACUACAGCCGAUUGCAGCAGCGCUGUGUGCAUGGCGUCUGCGAGGAGCAGCGCUGCAAUGCCAGCUUGCCCAACGUGCAGCGCCUGGCCCAUGAUUGCACAAGUUACAAGCACUGCACCAGCCGGGGCAGCUAUCAGUAUGUCAGCUGUGGACGCCAUCGCUAUUUUGAUGUCGGGCAUCAGGCUUGCCUACCCAUUGAAGCGACGCCUGCACAUCAAUGCAGCUGCAUUAUGCCAGAGCAUACAGUGCUGGCCAACCAGCAGGAUUGUCGUAGCUACUAUCGCUGCGAGCAAGGACGUGCAGCGCUUAAGAUUUGUCCAGUUGGCUACUACUAUAAUUCUAGCAUUAGCGGCUGCCUGCUGGAUGUCAACAAUGUUUGUCCUUCUAAAGACAGUGCUGACAACUUUGUCAGCGUUGAGCUGGCGGAGUGCAAUAAGGUGGGCAGUCGUGUUGUGCCACAUAGCACUGAUUGCAGUCGCUACUUUGCUUGUGUAAGCACUGCAGCCAUAGAGCUAAGCUGCCCCAGUGGGCAAUACUUUGAUGUGCUGCAACGCAGCUGCACGCAGGAUGAGGGACAAUGCCAAAAGCGUCUUAUGCCGCCUACUUCAGUCAAAGUGGAGCCACAGACACAGCCGCAUCAAGCACCGAAGGAAAAAAUUACAGAGCAAACUACACCAGAGUUGGUGUAUAACAAGCUUUCAUCAAAGUUUGUAUUAAACUAAUAACUCUAUGCACUCUUAAGCAUCAAAUAUAGUUCUGCGU